GUGGACAUGUUUUAAUUUUAGUGUUUUUAAAGGAAUUAUAAAGCAUAAUGUCGAAACUGGGCUACCUCCGAAUGCUAGGUUACGUGACCACACUAACUAUGCACAUAGGCAAUUUAGUGUACGUAGGAAUGAAUCUGACAGAAGAUGUUCUAGAAGAUAAAAGAGUAAGAAUUUUUGGUGAGACGAGAAGAAGGUAUUUCACCUGCUGGACUUUCUUCCUUCACAUGAUAUACGCCAUAAUUGGGUUGACCUGCGAGAUCCUGUUAAUAAAAAACAGUAAUAUAAAGAACUACAGCCUUCCCAAACACUUGAAAGGAUGUAGAGACACCAUGUUUGCUGCUCUACUAUGGCCGGCUUCUCUGCUCGUGUUCACCGUAUUCUGGUCCCUAUUCCUAUACGACCGAAGCCUCAUUUUCCCCGACUUCAUCGACAAGGUGCUGACACCCACCUCCAACCAUAUCAUGCACACGGCGAUAGUCCCAACGGUACUGUGGGAGGUACUGCUGCAACCGAGAUUCGAACCCAGGUUCCACGUGAAGAAUGUUGCGCAUCUGGUUGUUUAUAUGUUGGUGUAUUUGGGAGUGUUCAUCUAUACCUACAUCGAGCGAGGUAUAUGGCUAUACCCCAUAUUCAAUAAAUUAUACGGAACGAUAUACUUUCCUCUGACUAUGUUGAUAAUUUUCGUUCUUUUAUUAACAUUUUAUCGCAUUCAGUGGACGAUUUCAUAUUUAAUCUAUGGUAAGGAGAAAACGAAAAAAGAAAAGGCGAAAAAAGUACGAUAAUUAAUAAUAAUAAG